AAUUUGACAGUUGUCUUGACUUUGUGAGCUAACUUUUUUUCGAACGCAUUGAAAACUUCACAGAAAUUUUCUAGUUUUCUCAUAAAAGUAAAGUUUGCAAUAUGUCGCUUAAUGCGAAACUUUUAUUACCAUUUGCACUUGGAGUCUCUCUGGUGUCAGUAACAGCUCUUGUUGUGUAUUAUGUCUUUAAAAAAGAUGAAGAGGAAAAUGAUCAAAAAGUUAACAAGUCAGUUAAAACUGCAAGAGUUAAUGUUAUUGAGAUCAACAUCCCCAAGAGCAUAGUUCCAGCUUUAAUUGGCCGCAGUGGAUCCAAUAUCAAAGAGAUAGAGCGUAAAACGGGAGCUCUGAUACAUUUCAAGAAGUUCAGUGAUCAGGACUACGAUGUUUGUAUCGUUCGCGGCCGAAGCGAGGCCAGUCAGUUGGCAGAGACCCUCAUUCGUGACUUCAUGAAGCAGCAACCUAUUAUAGUAGAAGACAACAUGGAAGUUCCUGGAUGGGCUUGUGGAAGGAUUAUUGGCUCUGGUGGUGAGACAAUCAUCGACAUAAGCCAUCGCAGCGGCGCGCGCGUGAAGAUCGAGGGCCCCGCCAUAGCGGACCGCGCCGCCCAACGACAGGUCACUUUCCGCGGCACCAAGGAACAGAUUGCCGUUGCUAAGGGUCUCAUCGAAAACUGCGUGGCCCAAGAGAAGUGUCGGCGAGAGAUUGAGCAGUCGAAGCGAAGCCCCCGGCACGCCCAGCCGACCGCCACCGACGCGCCGGAGUCCGACGAAGCCCUAGGUGACCACCAAGCGCACAAGCAUGUCAAGUAUAAGCGGCCUGAGACGAGCGGUGCGUCCAUAGAAGUGUACGUGUCAGCGGUUUCUUCUCCGUCGCGGUUCUGGGUUCAAUUCGUGGGGCCACAGGUAGCACAGCUGGACGAAUUGGUGGCUCACAUGACCCAGUAUUACUCUGAGAGAGAAACCCGGGCCGCACAUCAGCUGAAGCAAGUGAGCGUGGGUCAGGUGGUAGCGGCUGUAUUCAGACACGACGGCCGCUGGUACCGCGCCAGGGUUCACGACAUACUGCCCAACGAGUAUGACGCUACCAAGCAGGUUGCCGACGUAUUCUACGUGGAUUACGGUGACAGCGAGUACGUGGCUGUGGAGGAGUUGUGCGAACUACGCGCAGACUUGUUGCGACUUCGAUUCCAGGCCAUGGAAUGUUUCCUGGCAGGCGUGAAGCCGGCAGGGAAGGAAGAAGAAGUGGUCGGAGUCACAGCUAACGGCCAACACUGGGACCGCUGGAAUCCGCAUGCUAUAGAACGAUUCGAGGAGCUAACGCAGGUAGCUAGGUGGAAACCUCUAGUGUCAAGAACGUGUACAUACAAGAAGACUUCCUCGGUCGAAGGAGAGAAAGAGAAGGAGAUACCUGGCAUUAAGUUGUACGAUGUCACUGACGAGGGUGAGGUGGACAUAGGCGGCAUGUUGAUAGCGGAGGGGUGGGCGGUGGAGGGGGAGUGUUGCCGCGCCCCGCCCGCCCCCCGCCCGCCCUACGGGGACCUGGGACACUCCAGGGUCUUGAAUAUGAUGAGUGGGCCAGGUGAACGAGCCUCUUCCCUGCCCAAGGAUAUGAAAGACAACACUGAAAAGGACCGACAGCCAACGAGCGAAGCCACAGAGAACGAACUACUUGCAACAUUGGAAACUCACGCAACCGGUCUCGAAAAAUCCAGUCCGAAAACGAUAUCGAAUUUCGACCUAUCGUAUCCCGACUUCAAGGCGAAGCAUGUCAACGGCAACCAAGAGGACUUCCUACAAUCGGAGAGAGAUACAACAGAAAAUACCGGAUCUACCGACACACUCGUUCCCAGUACACCCAUCCAUCAAAAAACACCACGAGAUGAGUUCAAAGCCAACAUAAACAGAAUAGAUUCGCACCAUAACAACUUAGAGGCACUCGGCAGAUCGCAAAACGAAUUACAUAAGUAAUUGCGAACGAUUUAAGUGUCUUCAAGAUUGAUUCCGUUGUGUAAUCGUUACAAGAUAGACAAUCUGUCACAGUCUGGUUGAUGAAAAUCGGUGAAAACAUCGUUCGAUAUUUUUGUAGAGAAAAAGAAAUGAAACAAAAAAUAAGUUUCUCCGAACACCGUCGUGUCUAACGCGGUUAUAACACAAAAUAGAUAGUACAGAAGAUAAUCUACAUACAAAGUGCGCUCGGGCAAAGCACACAUUGACAUCGCUCACGGCGACGAUACCACUUGGGACUAGUGCCGCGAGUUCCAUUAGCUUGAGACACGCGUCUGAACUUAUUUUUACAAAAAUGGAUUAACAAAAGUAGUUAUUGUAAUUCUUCAGUAGACGGUCAUUUAAAUUCAUCAUAAAACGGUUAAUUGCCUUUUUUAUAUGAACGUAUGUACGUUAUUAUCGUUGAAUUGUAAAUACAUUAAUUAAUAUUGUUUAAUAUUUCCAUUAUUUCUGUUUCAUUCUCAACAAUAAAUCAAACUAGUAGCCACAACUUCCACAUUUUUGGUGGACAAGCCAUAGUUGAUCAUUCUGGCGCGGUCGCCGAGCGUAGGAAUUAAAAUGAAGUACAUACAUGAGAUUACCUUCUGUGCUAUCUAUUUUGUGGUUAUAUUGUAAUCGGUUUAAAGGAAAUUAUUUUUAACUUGUGUAACAGUUUGAUCAUUUGUUGUAUUAUGAUUAGUGGCCAAACGAAAUCUUAUACUAUUACUGAACGGCUGGCGCGUCAGUGACCUCUUUUGUUGUAAAUUUUUAAAACACCAAAAACUUACGUAUCGUUCCAUCCUAAAUAAUGAAACUUCUGUUCAUUGAUGUAUCCAGUUCUUGUUCUAGUAUGAUAAAAUCAGUAGUUACAUUAUAAAUAGAAGCGAAACGCAUUCUUUACCUUUAGAAUUAUUUACCUUUUUUUUCGAUAACGCGAAAUUUCUUUGACUCCAAUGUUGUAUGUUUGACAUUCAAAGAGGUCAAUAAAACCUAAAUUUAUUACUAAAUGAUUAUUAUAUAUUGUAAAUAGGAGCACACUUAAUAACGUAUUCACCAUGCAAACGUCUUAUAAAACCCGAUAUAUAAGUAAGCCCGAUAAGUUCUCCACAUCCAAUCUGCAAUAAGCUUUUUGCGGAUUCCUCAGCUUUAAUCUUAGUUAAGUAAAAAGUAACUGUUUUGUCUAUGAUCUGACCAUUGGUGAAAGAAGACCUCAACUCAACUUUUUUUUGUAUUCACUAUGUUUUAUAAUUAAUUUCUUUAUUGACUCUGCACUAGUCUAUUAUGAAAGAUAUUUGUAUUAGGUUGUGUAUGAUGUAUCCAUAUUUAUUUUGGUGUAAGCAUUAUAACAUCUUAGUAUUGGUGGUUGUGGUAAUUUGUACUGUCCUAAUAAUGUGUACAACUCUUGUCGUUAAAGAUAGGAAUCGCUCACAAGACACGCUGUCUCUCUCGGACGUUACUUAGGAUAGCAUGUGCGAAAGGGAUAGACAGAACGUCUUGCGUAGUCAUUGAAUCGCAAAUUUCUCUAAUGACACUUGUCAGAAUAUAUUUUCAGUUUCCUUUUAAAAUUAAUUCAUUCUUUUACUUCUAUAGAUUUAGAAUUACAAGCAAUUAAAUGCUUAACAUAAAUAUAAAAAACAGUAUAAUUAUUUACAAUGAAAAUUGUUAAACACGGUUUUUAUCACAAUUGUUUGUUGAAAAUACAUUGUUACGGUUUUUUACAUGAAAAAUUCUGUUUAAGACACUGCAAAUUAGUACAACCACGUUUUAGUCUGUGAUUGGUGUGAUUAACAUCACCGCUUCUAGAAUAGCUGUACGGAACUAACAAAUUUGACAUUUAUUACAGUGUACUAAAGGACAUUAUUGAAAACUUGCAUUAUAUACAGUGAUACAGGUAAAAAAAGCUUUUAAAGUGCUGUCGACAAAACAUAAUACUAUUGACUCAUAUCCUUAUUCACUUGAAUAUAAUGUUGGGCUAUUACCAUUGAUCCCACCAACAUGCUUCUCUGGUAGGUCCAUGGGUAAUUUGUUUAUACCCGUUGUCCCACCCUUCUAAACAGUGUUCGACAAUGGGUCUACGGGUAAUUAAUUUUUACCAUGGUCCCACCGCACUAAAGACAGCCAUCAAAUAUACAGUUCGUCCACUCGGACCCGUGGACCCACCAGGGGGACAUGUUGGUGGGACCAGGAGUAAUAGCCAAUAUUAUUUCUAUAAAUGAUUAUAUUUUUUAUAAUAAAAAGGUAACAAACAAGAAUAUGACCAGUCUGGUCGCAAGUGGCCCAAAAGUAACAAAUGUUCUUACUUACAUUUAAUAAAACAGAGAAAACUUGUAGUUUUUAAACAGAAUAUAUUCAACGAAAUCUAUAAACAUUAUAUAAGAGAAUGGUGCUAAAAUCAUUGAAACCGAAAUGCAAUUACUUAAUUUAUAAUGAAGUUUUAAUGCAACAAACCGGAUAUUAGGGUAGUCUAUGAUUUAUAAAUGUUAGUACUUAAUGUAGAAUAAGACCUUUUUAAUUUCAUCAGUAUGAAAUUUAAAAUAAUAAGUAGGUACACAACAAAUUGCUUUAAAGCUGUAGCUUUUUAAAAUGAGGCACAUUAUUCUGAAAUUUCGAAUCCUAUCGUUUAUAAUUAUAUAGUGUUAUUAACCUCCUUAUAAACAAACGAAGAAUAAGCUCGGAUUAGUUACUCCAUGUUUUGUCUCUGUUUAUUGAAUUACAACU